AUGACCCUGAAGCAGAAUAGCUUCUCCUGGACGGAGAUUGAGAAGCGGUUUCCACACAGACAACUCGGCUCUUUGCGGCAGCGAUGGUACGCAAAACUUCAGAAUACACACGCAAGCAACCCCCCCACCAACAAGCAGAGGCAAGAGUGGAACUGUCGUGCAUCAGCCGGUGAACCCCUUCUGAUAUCAAAGCCGCCCACGCCCGUCGAAACUUCACAUCGCUAUCCCGGUGGACAACCCCAACCAGCGGAUGACCGGGCCAUGCCGAAUGCGAAGCACCGCACACCAUCUCCGUCCUCAACAGUGACUGCCAUGUGCUCAGUGUGCAAUUCUGUCAUUGAGGUGGAGGCUUCCAGUGUGUUCAAGGCUGCUAACAAUCGCAUGCGGAUUCUUAAUGAUUCUGGGUACCACUUCUGCUAUAAGAGUGUUGUGCUCGAGAAAGUGCAGAGGCAUGGCAGAAAGAUUCUCUCUCAGAGUGUCCUGCACAGCACUGGCUACUAUGGCCUUAGAGGCCAUGAGAUCCUCUCAGCGCAUGUCGUGUCUCACUUUAAAGACGCCAUCGACUCACUGGCUGGCAUUGAUAGCGUGGCAUCAAAGUAUGGGACUGUGAUGUAUGCUCAGAAGGUCUUGGUUCCUGAACUGCUGAAGAUGUUGGUUCAGGAGAACAUGGGAGUUGAUGCUAAAGAGGCCCACCGGAUUCUGAAGAAGAGCAACAAGAUCAGGAAUUUGCUUAAUCUUGAGUGA